AUGUUUCAAUCACGCAAGACAGCUAAGAGUUUGACUUGGCAUGCUGAUAGAAAAGAAAUUGAAGGUCAGAUGUCUCAUCCGGCUGAUUCUCCCUCUUGGAAACUCAUUGAUGAUAAAUGGCCCGAGUUUGAUAAUGAGCCGAGAAACUUGAGAUUGGCUCUCUCAUCUGAUGGAUUCAAUCCCUACAGUUCUCUAAGUACCAGAUACAGUUGCUGGCCAGUUAUCUUAGUUAUAUAUAAUCUCCCACCAUGGCUAUGCAUGAAACGAAAGUUCAUGAUGUUGACCUUAUUGAUUUUCGGUCUAAAACAACCUGGAGGAAACAUCGGGCAUAGAAAAUGGUUACCAAUAUAUCAUCCAUAUCAGAGGCAACAUGCAGCUUUUAAUGGGAAACCUGAAUAUGACAAGCCUCCAAAGCCAUUAACCGGAGAAGAAGUGUUACAAAUGGUUGAAGGUAUUAAUUAUGAAUGGGGCUCGAAAAAAGGGGGAGGUGGAGGUGAAAAUGAUGGUGACAGAGUUUGUUGGAAGAAGAAGUCAAAAUUCUUUGAUCUCGAGUACUGGAAUACCUUCUUGUGA